CGUAAGGGUUUCAGAGUCCUGUGCAACUGGCAGGGGUACAGUCACUGAAAUACUUCAAACAAAAGUUUGACAAGACUCAGCAGCGGUGUUCUGUGAUCGAUCUCACAUGUGCUUUAAGAGCUUCCUGUUUGGAAAAAAGAGAGUUUCCUGCUGAACUGAGCUGGUAAACUGGAGACUGAGUGACUUCCGUGUUUGAGUUGGAAACACACAGACUCAGGUUAUGGCACGUAGGACUCCAUGCCGAAACAAGAACGUCCAUGCAAUUGUGCACCUGUCUCUUCAACUCAAGUUUAUUGCAGAAAUGAAGAAGAAUAUGUAGUCAAAUCACACAUGAUCCUGGCUGCUUAUCUCAUUGGCUGAAGGUUGAGUAGCACGUAAAGCUGAGAAUGAAUCAGGGGGGACAAGAAAACCAGGGGACAGGACUGAGAGAUGUCCUAGACAUACUAGUUAAGGUACCUCCGCAACGGCUGCUGAGCCUGACAUUCCAGCUGGGGGAGUCUCCCGAAGAUAAUAUCGUACACGCCUUGUGUCUGAUCCUUCUCCAGAAAGAGGAGCGGGCCCUGAACAAACUCCAGAUGCUGAAAGACAACUCCCUCGCUAACCAUCUAGCUGAGAAGUGGCAGAUGAGUGGAGGCAAAUAUGAAGAUUUUGCCGAUAAUUGUGGUCAUUUUCAAGAGUUUACAGGAGAAUCUUUGGCUUUGCUGGCUCGUCUUUUCAAGGUAUUGUCAGACCAGAGGCUGUGUGAUCCACCUCUGAGAAAUCUGGCGUAUAAGAGAGCCCUUUCCAGUGACAUUCGAAAAACAAGCAAAUGCAAGGAUCUAGAGUAUGAUCUGCUCAGAGAGGAAGCUAAAAAUGUGUGUGGGCCUCAGUUUGAGUGGAUUUGCUCCCCAAAGGAUCUCAAGUCAGGGUCUUACCAUGAUCCUCCUAGCAGCUUGGGUGAAGGAAACACAAAUUUAAAAGUGGCCCAGUCACAGGAUCCCUCAGAGAGAGCUCACAAUCUGCCCAGCCCACUGCAGGCGACCUCUUCAAUGCCCUCAUAUCCCACUCAUCUAGAGAUAAGCAUCCCUCCGACAGCCUCAUUUCAAGACGACAAAAUAACUCCCGAAACGUCAGAUGAAUCCAAACCAUCCGAGCAAUCUCAGCCUAAAUCCAGUGAACCUCCUAAGUUUGGUGCAAAGAAGCCCUCAAAGAUGGAUGGCACGUUAGCGGCAGAGGGCAAUAAGAUGGACAGUCGCAUCACUCAAUGUGAGAGUCUAAACCAAACCACUAAACCAACCGCUGAGCCAAACUUUGCACUACCUACUGCAACAAACCUUGUCCUACCCGAGAUCCCGGUUCCAAACGAACCGCAUGCAAGUAAAGAAGCAGAAGAGGAGGAUGAGCCAACAUUUUAUACAUUUGUAAUCUUGCACGCACCGGAGGAUGCAGACGUGGCUGACAGCAUGAGAGAAAGACUGGAAACACUGAUGCGGGUCGACGGGGAAGGUGCAACUUUUUCAGGGGACUUCGCCGAGCCUGGAAAGAGCACUCUGAGGUGCGUGGAGGACGCUAUCAACAACUCGGCCUUCACUCUCCUGCUGCUUACCUGCAACUUUAACACUCGCAUGUUGGACGUGGAGAUGAACUCUGCCCUCAUCAACUCCAUUGAGAAGAAACACAAGUACAACACGGUCGUCCCUCUGCUGCCCCUGGAGAACUGCUUGCCCAAAGAGAGCAUCCCAUUGGUUUUGCAGACGUUAAAUCCACUCAGGGAGAACAAAAACCUUGAAAGGCAGUUAAAUAAGUUUUUGUCGCCGGCGAAGAUUAAAAACCAGAGAAAGAUCUGGACGGCAGAGCAGAAAGUAAAAACGCAGAUGGAGAGACAGGAGACCCUAAAGAAUUUAAACCAGUACCAGAAGCAGUUGUUCAAAGAGCUUGGCACAGCACAGUUGCUGGAGAAAGAGAGCCUGAGCCUUUUAAUGGCACAGCAGCAACUUCUUUUCGGCCGCGGUGUUCCACCAGAACAGGUCGGGGGGGACGGCAGGGUUCGGUGGCCAC